AUGAGAAACCUACCCAGUGUUUAUGACCAAGGUAUUUUUCCGUUGGAUGAUGUUAAUGGCGUUGAACAUUCUCUUAGAGAAUGCCUUCCAAAAUUCAACUUUCCUGUCUCUCAGGAGACCUCUGACGCUGUUAUAGUUGGUAAAUGGUAUUGCCCUUAUAUGUUUGUCCACGAAACAAAUUCACAUUUAAUGUUCUAUGAAAUGACACUUAAACAGAAAUGGGUUAGGCUCUUCUCUUGCAGCAACAGCGAUGAUUUUGUUACAGGAGACUCUGUUGCUGUGGAUGUAAAUGUUGAAACUGAAGUGAUUGAUGUCCUUGGGAUGGGAACUUGUCGCAGUAGGAAGGUGACUGGUGGGACAACAUGGUUUGCCGCCUUAGAUAAGGAAGGAGUAGCAGCAUCUGUGGGUUUAGAUAGAGUAAUCAUUGAGAAAAUCAUUGGAGAUCAAGAAAGCUUUGGUUGGGUCAAAGAGAAAGACAAGGUGAAGAAAGUGGCGAAAUUUGAAGGAAAAAGUGGCGACUGGAAGAAAUUUGGGUGCUAUGUGUUGGUGGAGAGGUACGUAUUGAGGGGAAGAAAUAGAAGAUUGGUGUUGACCUAUGAAUUCAGGCACACUCACAAGAUUAGUUGCAAAUGGGAAUGA